AUGUUCAGUUUAAAGUUUCCUAAAGUAGCGCCAGCAAAGUUGUGGUUCCUGGUGACAGAGCCGCCCCAGAACCUUACCCUGCCAUGUUCCUUGACGGCACACCUCCCUAAUAUGACAUUCCACUGGGAGAAGAAUGGUAGGCCGCUGAACUUGAAACUCCUACCCGAUGUCCUAUCGAAGGGAGACGACGGUACCAUUGUUUUCAUGAGACCCGCGUACCGGGACGCCGGUCUGUUUCAGUGCUUCGCGGAAUCCGCCCUCGGGGUAGCCGGUUCGACUGUGAUAAAUGUAAAGCGCUCCUUCUUGGAGAAGCCUGGAACGACGUUGAAGAAACACGUAGCCUUAGACCGGACAAUGAUGCUGCACUGUCCGGCCACCGGUGAACCGGUCCCUGAGUUCAAAUGGAGGCUGAGCUCUGGCGGGAAUCUGACUGAAUCGCAAGACCUGAAUGGUACCGUGACGCCAUAUGGCAGUUUAUGGCUGACGGAAGCCAGGAGGGACUCGACUUAUUCGUGUCUCGCGUCUUCGCCGGCUACUAGAGGCGCGGAGGUGAUGAUCCAGUAUUAUAUAGAUGAUGAGGUGGCGAUGCAGAUGAAGAGAAACGAGCUGGUGGAGCUAUUUGCAAGUGAGGAUGUAACUGUACAGCUGGGGGACGUCGCCAAGUUCUUCUGCAUUUAUAAGGGGGGUCCCGAACUGAGAACAAUCUGGUUGAAAGAUGGAUUCAGGUUGAAGUACUCUCAACAAGACCGUACCUUAGUCUCUGGAAAGUGCGGAGAGCAACUCCUCAUCAGAAACACCAGCACAGAAGACCAGGGCACAUACACUUGUAUCGUUAAUAACGGCGCGGGCAGAAAGAAGACGAAUUCCAUGUACCUCACAGUUUUUGGCAAGUACACUAUUACUAGCGCGCCGGCUUUUCAGAGGACUCCCGAGGCGGUGACCCUCGCUGCCGUCGGCCAAGCAGUCACCGUGACAUUUAGCUUCAGCGGCGAGCCGGAUCCCGAAACUUUCUGGACCUUCAACUCGAGACCCCUAUUCCAGAGAAGAGGUGUGCGGAUAACAGUCAUAUACGCGCUGGGAGAACCAGGCAUUGGUCACAUCGAGAUAGGGAACGUGACUAUGAGGAACGCCGGCUACUAUGGAUGCAGAGCAUAUAACGAGUACGGGGUCGUGUAUGCAGAGACCCUGCUGCACGUCUCC